CAAAUCGUCAGCAGCGCUUCGCUCUAUCCACUUCGCAGUUUCGCUGUGGAAGGAAGAGGAAGUAAAGGCGCCAAAUUUCCCCGAUUCGGUCACUACUGGCGAUGUUAAGUAAGAAAACAUUUUUACAGUACAUAUGGGGCUACUUUACAGCACUAGUGCGAGAAGUAGCAUAUUACGUUACUGUGUCGAACAUUUAAAGGGCCAUAUGUACUGUAAAACGUUGUACGAUACAUGUGCGAAUAGGUAAUUCGCAACUCGUGUCGAUUUAAAACACUCCCUUCGGUCGUGUUUUAAUUUAUCGCCACUCGUUUCGAAUUUCCUAUUUUUCGCACUUGUAUCGUAAUGUACUAUUUGCUGUCCAUCAAAGAAAUUCUUAUGCUUCAUCUGUAAUAAGGACGUUUCUAUCAGAAUUUCGGUUGGAAUUUCAAACAGAAACGUCCUUAUUGCCCUUGUAGCAUAAGAAACCUUAUCUGAUGGAAGACACAUUUAUUUUUAGAUCCUAUAGUUUAUUUUAAGUAUGAGAUCUAAUAUGGAAGGUGGAGGUAAGGAAUUAAAUCUCCAUUUACCAAAAAGUGUCAUCAAAAAAUCUUAAAUAGGUGGCGCUACAAUACCUAGAAUACUAGAACAAAAAAAUCAAAUCAUAGACAGCGCACUACACUCCGUCAAUAACACCUAGAUUCUUAGCUACUCUAGCGCUACUCUGGAGAGAUUUGGAACUACUAUUUAUAGCUGACAGCUAAACACAUUUGCAACAGUUCUACCGUAACAGAUUCAACUCCUUUUAAAUCCACACUCCAUAAGAUCUAAGAUCACUCAUUUGACAGUUGUCUAUUGAAGUUUGUAGUGAUGAGGCUAAGACUUAUCGUUUGUCAAAUCUAGCGAUUAUAAACAAAUUAGUCGAAUCGAUUUUACAGACGAUUUUUGCAUGUUUGUAUUGUUUCGUUUGUAUUAUUAACUAUCCUUUUUUUCCACAAUGUAUUUAUUUGUUUAUUUAUUUAAACUUUAUUGCACAAAAUACAAAAACAAUGUACAAAUGGCGGACUUGCGGACUAUAAAUCGAAACGACAGUUCAUAUUCAGGGAGGAAAAUGGGGAUUAUGUUUGUAUGGAAAAGCCGGGGGCCCUUAUCUCAAGUAAACUUGUUUUAAAGAAAUUUUAUGUCUUUGACAGAUACGUAAAGAAAGAAGGUGACGCAGUAGCCAUGGAUGAAGUCGUGAUGGAGAUUGAAACAGACAAGACAGCGCUUCCAGUCAUGUCGCCAGGGCAUGGGAAGCUCGUGAGGUACUUGGUGAAAGAAGGUGAAGCUAUCAAGUCACAACAGCCUUGUUUUAUAGUAGACGUGACCGGCGUGGCGCCCGCGGCCGCCCCCGCCGCCGCGCCCGCGCCCGCCGCAGCACCCGCGGCCGCCCCCGCCCCCGCUGCCGCGCCCGCGCCCGCUGCAGCGCCUGCCGCCGCUCCGGCGCCAGCCGCAGCCCCGGUUGUGUCGAAGGUCGCAGCCAAAGCCAAAGUAGCUGCGGGACCUACUUUAGCCGCGCAACGUCUCACAGACCCUACGAAGACGAUAUCAGGCACGCGCACCGAGCAUCCCGUGCCUAUGAAUAAGAUGCGUUUGCGCAUCGCACAGCGGCUCAAGGAAGCACAGAACACGACGGCCAUGCUUACUACCUUUAACGAGUGUGAUAUGAGCAAGCUCAUGGAGUACCGCAAGGCCAACCUAGCCGCGUUCACGAAGAAGUACGGCGUGAAGCUCUCCUUCAUGUCUCCGUUCCUGAAGGCUUCUGCCAAUGCGUUGCUGGACCAGCCCGUCAUCAACGCGGUCAUUAUAGACGGCAAUAUCGUUUACAGGGACUUCGUAGACAUCUCUGUAGCCGUGGCAACGCCGCGAGGUUUGGUAGUGCCGGUACUAAGAAACGUGGAGUCCAUGGAUUACCCGAAGAUAGAGCUCACCAUAAACGGAAUCGCGGAAAAGGCGAGAAACGGCAAACUGACUCCAGCGGACAUGCAAGGCGGCACGUUCACGAUCAGCAACGGCGGCGUGUUCGGCUCUCUGCUGUCCAUGCCCAUCAUCAACCUGCCGCAGUCCGCCAUCCUAGGCAUGCACGCCAUUUUCCAGCGGCCUGUCGCUGUCGGGAAAAAGAUUGAAAUCAGGCCCAUGAUGUACCUGGCACUGUCCUACGAUCACAGACUCAUCGACGGUCGCGAAGCCGUGCUCUUCCUCCGGAAGGUCAAAUCAGGAGUCGAAGACCCAACGUCCAUCCUCGCUGGAAUGUAGCGGAAGACCCAGCUUGGAACCAGUGAUUUUGCCUUUAAUAGGUACAGGGUUGUGUGAUAGAAUCUUAAGCGCUUAUUACAUCUAGUACUUACUACGGUUUGUAGGAAAGCCGGGCAAUUGUGCUACCACCCUAUUAAGGCCAGUCUAGACGGAAACAAUUUUUCGCCGAUU